AUGUCCCUUGAUCUUUUUGUGCUAACAAAGAUGAAAAAUGAAAAGGCUUAUUCGACGUCGCCGGAUUCGCGCCUCGUCCGAUCCCCAAAUCCAUCUCCUCCUCCUCCUCCAUCAAAUCGCCCCGUUUACCCGUUUCCUCCUCUUUCCCCUCGCUGUUCCGCAGGAAUGGCGGUGAUUGGGCUUGCCGUGCGGAGCUCGGCGGCGGCGGCGGCGGCGGCGGCCAAUGUCGGUCACGACGGUCGUGCGAUUACGAUCGAUGGCGAGCGACGCAUUCUCCUCUCGGGCGCCAUUCACUACCCGCGUAGCACUCCUGGUAUGUGGCCCGACUUGUUGCGAAAGGCAAAAGAAGGUGGUCUCGAUGCGGUCGAGACUUACGUAUUCUGGAAUGGCCAUGAGCCUCGUAGACGACAGUAUAAUUUUGAAGGUCGUUUCGACAUCGUAAGGUUUCUAAAGGAAGUCCAAAAUGCUGGAUUAUAUGCUGUUCUUCGCAUCGGCCCUUACGUUUGUGCCGAAUGGAAUUACGGGGGAUUACCAGCUUGGUUACGUGAGAUCCCUGGCGUGCAAUUUAGAACCAAUAAUAAGCCCUUUGAGAAUGAGAUGCAAAAUUUCACCACAUUAAUAGUAGAUAAGAUCAAAAGUGCAAGGCUUUUGGCACCACAAGGAGGCCCCAUCAUUCUCACUCAGAUUGAGAAUGAGUAUGGUAACAUCAUGGGACCAUAUGGUGAUGCUGGGAAAAAGUACAUCAAAUGGUGCGCGAAUUUGGCUGAAUCUCUCGGAGUCGGCGUACCGUGGAUCAUGUGCCAGCAAUCAGAUGCACCGCAACCGAUGACCAACACUUGCAAUGGCUUCUAUUGUGAUGAAUUUACUCCCAACAAUCCAAAGAGCCCCAAAAUGUGGACCGAAAAUUGGACCGGAUGGUUUAAAGCUUGGGACAAGCCAGAUCCUUCAAGGCCUGCUGAGGAUGUCGCUUUCGCCGUCGCGCGUUUCUUCCAAAAGAAUGGAACAUUCCAAAACUACUACAUGUAUCAUGGUGGAACCAAUUUUGCUCGAUCGACCGGUGGCCCUUACAUCACAACUACUUAUGAUUAUGAUGCUCCUCUUGAUGAGUAUGGUAACAUAAGGCAACCUAAGUGGGGGCACUUGAAGGAGCUUCAUGCUGUGUUGAAGUCCAUAGAGAAGCAGCUCACCUAUGGAGAUGUUAAUGAACACUUCCUCGACAACGGAAUCGCGAUCACAAAGUUCACAUUCAAUGGAAAAACCGCGUGCUUCAUAAGUAACCGAAACGAAACAACCGACGCCACCGUCAACUACGAAGGAACGAACUACUUCGUCCCUGCUUGGUCUGUUAGUAUUCUCCCUGACGGUAAGACGGUAGCUUACAACACCGCGAAGAUUACUGCACAAACUUCUAUUAUGGUGAAGAAGCCGAACCAAGCUGAGAACGAGCCCACAGAGCUUAAAUGGUCGUGGAGGCCCGAGUUUUUGCGACCUUAUCUCACAAAUGCUAUAAGUUCAUCGAAAGCGAACGAGCUUUUGGAACAGAUCAUCACCACCUCCGACAAGAGUGACUACUUGUGGUACAUGACAUCUGUGGAUCAUCCUAAAAGCGAAGAGGUGACUCUUUAUGUCAACACAACAGGCCAUAUUUUGUAUGCCUUUGUCAAUGGCAACCUUGUAGGAGCGCAAUAUUCGCCCAACGGUCCCUUCGGAUUCGAGUUUCAACGGUCGGUUACGCUCCAACCGGGGACUAAUCACAUUUCUUUGCUAAGUGCAACUGUUGGCCUAAAGAACUAUGGUUACGAAUAUGAGCUAAUGCCUGCUGGCAUAGUUGGUGGACCAGUUAAGUUGAUUGGAAAGGAUUCCACAGUGGAUUUAUCAAAAAAUACAUGGUCAUACCAGAUUGGGCUUGAUGGAGAGGGUCGAAAGGUUUACCUGAACCCUAAUCUUAAGUGGUUUGGUGGCAUGAUCCCCACAAAGAGACCCUUCACUUGGUACAAGACAACAUUCCAAGCACCACUGAGCACAGAGCCUGUUGUGCUGGACUUGCUCGGAUUGGGGAAAGGGGAGGCUUGGGUUAAUGGCAACAGCAUUGGCCGUUUCUGGCCCAACUACACAGCUUCUGCUGACGGCUGCGUCAGCAGCUGCAACUACCGAGGCGCCUUCCAAAGCAACAAGUGCCAGAGCGGCUGCGGGCAGCCUGCCCAGAGAUGGUACCACGUUCCGCGCUCCUUCCUCACCGAAGGCGAGCCCAACACCUUGGUGUUGUUCGAGGAGGCCGGCGGCGACCCGAGCCAAGUCAACUUCCAGACGGUGACGGUCGGGACGGUGUGCGCGACCGCCGACCAGGGCAGCACCCUCAGCCUGUCGUGCCAAGGCGGCUACAUCUCUAACAUCGAGGUCGCCGGCGUCGGCGAACUCAGCGGCACCUGCGGCUCGCUCGAGGCGGUCGGUUGCGUCUCCGACGCAGCCUACUCCGCUUUAUCGCAGGCAUGUAUCGGAAACGAGUCGUGCGCGAUCGAAGUCACCGGCGAUUUGCUCGGCGAGUGCAAGGGGAUCGGUGGCAGCGGCACGAUGAAGCUCACUGUUCAAGCUACAUGCUGA